AUGCGGAACCUGCUGCUCCUUCUCUUCGCCGCCUGCUGCAGCGUGGGGCCGGUGAAUGGCAUCCACCCAGAAUGCAGAUUUCAGCUGGAGAUUCAUGAGGAGGAAAUAAGAUGUAUGGAACUUCUAAACAGUGUCAAAACAGUGGCGUUUAAAGGAUGUGUUGGAGUUUGGGAUAACCUUACUUGCUGGCGCCCUGCUGAAAUUGGAGAGACUGUCAGUGUCCCUUGUCCAAAAGUAUUUAGCCACGUUUUCAGCAAACUAGGAAAUAUUAGCAAAAAUUGUACAAGUGACGGAUGGUCAGAGAUAUUUCCAGAUUUCAUAAGUGCUUGUGGUGGUUAUGACAAUGUUGAUGAUAGUAAGGUUAAUUUCUACGUACUAGUGAGGGCAAUCUACACCCUUGGACAUAGUGCGUCUCUGAUUGCUCUAACGACAGGAAGUAUAAUUCUUUGCCUUUUCAGGAAACUUCACUGCACGCGGAACUACAUCCAUCUGAACUUGUUCCUCUCUUUCAUUCUAAGAGCAAUCUCUGUUUUAGUCAAGGAUGAUAUUCUUUAUUCCAAUUCCAACACAGCUCACUGUUCAGAGGAUCACUCGUCAUGGGUUGGCUGCAAGGCUAGUUUGGUAUUUUUCCAAUAUUGUGUUAUGGCAAACUUUUACUGGCUCUUAGUUGAAGGACUUUACCUCCACAUCCUCCUUGUGGUAAUAUUCUCUCCUAACAGACAUUUCACAGCCUAUCUUCUGAUUGGCUGGGGAAUUCCUACAGUAUUCAUCAUCUUGUGGACAGUGACAAGGAUCUUUUUAGAGGACACUGGUUGCUGGGAUACAAAUGAUCACAGUGGUCCUUGGUGGGUUAUACGAUUACCAAUUUUAAUUUCUAUUAUAGUGAAUUUUAUACUUUUCAUUAGUAUUAUAAGAAUUUUACUGCAAAAGUUAAGAUCGCCCGAUGUCGGAGGCAAUGAUCAGUCACAAUACAAGAGACUUGCAAAAUCAACAUUGCUGCUUAUUCCGUUAUUUGGAGUUCACUACAUGGUGUUUGCUGUAUUUCCUAUACGCAUUUCCAGUCACUAUCAGAUAAUUUUUGAGUUAUGUUUGGGAUCUUUUCAGGGGCUGGUUGUUGCAGUCCUGUACUGCUUUUUGAACAGUGAAGUCCAAGGUGAGUUGAAAAGGAAAUGGCGGAGUUUGUGUUUGAGCCAGACAGUGGGCCGCGACUCCAGACUCCAUAGCUGUUCUGUUUCUCGAAAUGGCUCAGAAAGUGUCUCCCAGCUCCAUCGGAAUUCAGAGGCGCAGUCUUUUAUGCAGACGGAGACCACAGUGAUAUAA